AUGUCGCUCACGGUUGAAUCAGUCACUACCCAAGAAGAAGCAUGCCGCCUCCGCUCGUUCGACAGUGAUGUCGCCUGGGAGAUCGGGCACAUCAUCCGUGCUAAUGUCCAAAAAAAGUUUACGCGCCCCGUCGUCAUCUAUAUCGCCCACGCGAACUCAUCCCAGCUCCUCUUCUUCGCCACCUCAGGACCUGGUACACUUCCCGACAAUAUGCACUGGGGAUGCUCAACGAUGCGCAUGAGAUUAUCGCUGCAGACCAAAACAAAGACACUCCAAGAAGUAUAUGAGAUGAGCGACCCGAGUAUAUAUGCGGUGCACGGCGGAGGUUUUCCGGUGAAGGUAGAGGGCGUAGAGGGGGUCGUGGGAGUGAUAGUGGUUAGUGGUCUCGCACAGGAAGACGACCAUAGUGUCAUUGUGGAUGGUAUCCAAGAAUACCUUGCGAAGAAUCUUUGA